AAGUGAUCGGAUCCAGAUCCUUUUCCGCAAUUUCCUUCAUUUCUUCAUUUCUUCUUCACUGCUCGACUACCACUGUCUCUUCAUCUAUUCAUCUCUCAGUCCUUCGUUGCUCGCAGUCACUCGUUACCCCCGCGUUUGCCACUGAUCACAACAGACGCGUGCGACCAGUCACUUUAGACAUGCAGCCAUAAACCUCCUCCUGCGCUAAUUUUCAAUUACCACUUUCGUUUUGUCCGCCAAACAGUCCAUUAUGAACCGCCUCCGCAGGCAUAAAAAGGAAAAGGCUGCCAGGGAAGAGUUGGUCCAGUCCGAAAAGGCCGCCUCUUCCACCACCACCAUCAUCUCCUCGAUCACUCCCACCAAAAAAGAAAAGGAGCCCGCCAGCAAGAAAGAUGAUGGCCUGCAAACGACUUCUCCCAAGGUCUCCGAAUUCGACCUCGCCAAUGCCCUCCCAGCCCCCGAUGAUUUCCGCACCAGUCUGCUCAUGCCCAAGCUGUCUGCGCGCUUCAGUAUGCUUAAGGAACAGGAUGAUCCCGAGUCUUUACUGGGGAAAGCUAGCGAUGACAGCGUCCUGUUCUCGAAGCGCGCGUCCCGAUUGAAUAUGUUUGGUCACCCCAACCAGCUGGCGGAUAUUGAUGAGAUGUCCAUCAACAGUCGUCCCUCCGCCUUCGGGCAGGCGGAGUCUAACGAUGGCUAUGGGACUGACGACGAUCGUUCUCAGGCAGGGGGGAGUAUUAUGAGCAGGGCUCGUCGUGCUGAAGUAGGAAAUAACCUGUUUGGUGGUCGUCAAAAGGUCUACAAGGUUCCCGCCAGAUCUAGAGGCACGUCCCCUAAUCCUGGACCUGAGGCCGGUCGCUCGGGCCUGGGACGCGCUGUCUACGAACACGACGUGACCCUGUCCGCCUUCCAGCGUCUCAGACUGAAGGAAAAGGAAGAGCGCGCCGUUGCUGAAGAUGGUGCCUUAAAUUCGCCUACCUUCUCCUCCAACGAAGAUGCCUUGUCCAGUAUCGGGUCUACCAACCGUACCACCUAUUCCUCUACGGCUUCCGGUCCGGCCCCUACCUUUGGUCAUGCUUCCACCGCAGCAACCUCAGUCGACGGGGAUCCCAUUACGCCGCAAUCCAUCGACGGCUCGACAGGCAAGCAAUUCCCAUUCCCUGAACGCGGUGCACCCAAACCCACUCGUCGUUACGGCCAGGGCCUGGCUCAGUCGGUCCAGAACCAGCAAAAUCUCACACUGAAUCGGCUCGAGAGUCUCAGCCGCCAGCGCCCAGGAACCCCUGAACACCCUCAGAUGAACCGGGCCUUUUCCCGGAGUGCAACCAGCCUGCGCGAUCGUCUGCAGAGACUCCCUCUUGUUGACGCUGCUCGCCCGUCUUCCCGUCCGGCGAGCCCUCCUUUGUCGGCUGCAUCGCCCAGGCCUCAGUUGGCUGAGAGUGAAUCCAAAGAUCCCGUUCCGUCUGGAUACAAUGCUCCGCCCCUAAGCCCACCUAUCAGCGAAGUUGAGGAAAAACCCGUGCCCUUGGCGGCUGCUCUGCAGCCGGAAGACCAUGGGAAAGCCACUGCUUUAGGUCUCUUCAACAAGCCCCGAGUGCCAUUUGACGAGCAACAGUUCACCCGACGCCAGCUGCAGAUGCAUCAGGGUCGAAGCACUCCACCAUUACGGCGACCCCCGUCACCUCCACGCAACGCCCCUCCUGCUCCCACCACCUCCCCGCAAGAACGCGUUGGACGCCCCCGUGGUAUCUCCAACGCUAGCAGCUACCGCUCGCGGCCAGGAUCCGCCUCGUCUCACUACAGCGAGGCUUCCAAAAGCAUGAACCGCACUACGUUCUUCAGCAACUCUAGUCCCAGUGACUCCAGUGACGAGGAGAACGAGGAGGACGAAGAGGACAUCCAUCCCGCGUUCCGCUCCCGGUCCCGCACCCCCUCGAAGCCGUCGGCCCCACCUGGAGAGCCCCAGGAGCGUCAUCCUCUGCCCGAAGUACGAUUUUCGGACUUGGGAGACCUUAAGCCCAUUGCAGAAAACGAUAUCGCGGAGAAUGCCGAUUCGCAAAACAAUGCCCAGGCACCGCAGGAGCCUGACUCGCCUACUUUGGGACCAUCUGGUCUGGGACUUAGUGGAUUGGUUCGUACACACUUGCGACAGGAGAGCGACAAGUCUAUCCAACUACCAUCGCCGGGACUUCCACCCAAGCUUACCGACAAUAGAGACGUUCCCGAGGCCAAGCAAGACACUGCUGAUGUCGCCCCCAUCCCUCCUCCCGCCGAUGAACCGUCAUUCCAGUGUACAAUUUCCGCAGGAUCCACGAUUCCCGAGGAGCUGCCGGGAGAGAGUCAGGGGAGGACUUCGAGUGACUCUUCGCUCGACGACGAAUCAGGGGACAGCAACAGCAGCAGCCACCGGCGUAACGCCAGCACUGAAACGCAGCGCGAACGCGAGGAAUUUGCCAAUGAGCUGGCUGAGAGACGUAGGAAGGUGCAAGAGAAACUGCAGAACUUCGCAGAUAUUGAGAGUCGAUCAAAUAGUCGAGCGCCUAGCCGAGCAGCCAGUCGGUCGGCGAGUCGAUCAGGAAGUCCUGUCCGCUGUGGAACUCCUGACUCGUCUUCCCAGGUCAAGCCUGGUAAUGCCUUUGCACUGUUGAAGAGCCGCGCCGGCAAACACCAUCUAUUCCAGAAGUCGGGUAACUCUUCUACGCCAUCCUUGGUUAACUUGGACCAGAACGAUCCAUGGCGCGAGGAGGAUGAAAAGAUUCCUUUUCCCAGUUUGAGCACUCAGCAAUUGAAUUCGGGCACCUCACAAGUCCCUGGUGACCGACCGUCAGUGCGGUCGCGAGUCGCUGCUUUCACCCGUGGUAACCAGGACGCUUCUCGCGAGUCGAGCCAUAGCCGUAAUGCAUCGCCCCAUUCGUUCACAGGUUUCCGGGCUCGACGCGAUCGCUCCCGCUCAGACGCGUCCUGCCGAUCCAAGAGCCGAUUGCGAAACGACGAUCUUGGAACUGUGGACGAACGAUCGGUCGCUUCGCACGAAACCCACCUCCCAGAUUUCACGUACGACCCGCGCGCCAACACUUCGGUUCCCUCGUCCACUCGUCCCUCCGUAGAGGGUGACGAACGUUCCUCCUCGCGCAGCUCUGGCCGCUACCGUAGCGGUAGUCGCUCAGGAACCCCAAGCUACUUCGACCUGCCACCGCCGCCACCGCCACCACAACACCACCUGCCUCCGGUGCCUGGCCCUAACCCGGCGAUGAUUGGAAACGCGCCCCGACCUUCUCCAAUUGCGCCGUACUCUGCCAACGCCACGCCGCCUCUCGACCUCACACCUUCUCCUUCGUCCCCACCAGCGCCAACCUUUGCCGCUGCCGCAGGCCACGUCGUGCCCCAGCGCGCCCCCGGCCAUACAGGCCUGCAAAAGCGCCCAAUCAACAAGCUUCAAAUCUCAGAACCUACCCUACUCUCAUCCACAUCCAACGUCCCCACGAUCGGCCUCCCCCCAGGCGCAAGCCUAACCAACGGCAUGGAAACGCCCCCAGUUCCACCCAUGAACCCGCGCCGUCGACGACAAACAACCACGCAAACAAUCCUGGGCGCAUUGAAGGGCGAGAAGCAGGACACCCAAACACCCUCACCCAGCGAAUACGCAUCCAGCGGACGAGGAACGCAGGCCAACGAGCGCAGCAUGUUCGAGGACGAGCGGCCACUUUCGCGGAACCGGUUGCGCAAGACCUCGAGCGAGGGUGGCUCGUUAAGUAUCAAGGCGAGACAGGAGAUUAUGAGUGGUACUGCGCCGCCACCUAUGCCGCAUCCGCCGCCGUCGUAUCCUCCGCCUAAAGUUCCUUUUGAUGGGAGUAUGUUCUAAUCUUUUGAUUUCUAUUGAUUUUUAUUCGCUAUAUACCAUUCUGCCUUAUUCCGUUUUAGUGAUGAUUGAUACCUUUCCUUUCCUUUUUUAUUUCUCUUUCUAUAUCUGAUGAUGUUCAGUUAUAUACCAGUGCAUUUGUUGAGCGGGUGGAAUGGUGUCUUUCCUUUUACUCUUUUCUUGGAUACGUGUAUUUACAUGGUAAUGAUAUUUACUCGCUUAUACCGUCCAGGAUUAGGAAUAGAUUAUCAUUAGACAAAGUAAAAACCUCCG